CACACACAUUCUUACUUACAUACAGAAGUUCACACAUAUACAUACAAUGCCUUAGAACCAUGUGGGCGUUGCUUUGCUGUGUUUUGUGCGAACUGUCUCUCAAUAAAAGGCAGCGAGAGGAGGCCAUCGUCGGGGUCAUUCAUGAUGAGCUAAGAUACCGACGAGGCCUCCCUUGCGCAAGUAAACGAUCGAACGCUGUUGCCUUGUUUUCCUUUCACAGGAAGAAGUCCUGGAUACAGCGGGGUCUGAGUUUAGACCCAACAUGUACAUUAGUUGCAUCUUUUGUGUUCAUCAUGUGAAAAGGUUUUUGAGGCGAAGAACCACAAGCAACAUAACUUGCCUGUUUUGGAAAUAUUGUUUAACAUUUAUUGCUCCAAUGUGUACGACUAUGUUAUUGUGUGUGUGUGUUAUUGAGGCCUUGUGUGUGAUGUCUGGUUUUUCAGCAGAGUGAAUGGUUUUGAGUGUAGAGCUUCAUUUCAACCUGACAACACGAUGUUUGGGAAAUUGGGUGAGACGUUAUGGAUUUGUGUUUACUGUUUGGGGAAUACGAGGCAUAGUUUCAAGGAAUGUGUUAAAGCACUCGAGGAAAACUGUAAUAAGGCUGAUCUGAGCACAACAGCUGAGCGACGCUGAACUCCUUAUUAGUGUUUAAAAUGAUAUCGUUUUGAAGCGGAGGAGGAAACGCGGCUUGUUGUCCACUUUAAUGAGCUCUGCAUAAAUAUUUGGAGGCUGGCUGAGAGUCCGCGCUGCUGCUCGGAGGGUCGAGGAACUCGGAUGGCAGAUCUGUGACUGCACUGCAGCACAUUUGUGUCAGAACUGAGGUUAAUCAGAUAACAUAGAGGAAAAGAGAUGAUAUUAGGACUGUAAAUAAGCACUCUGAUAGUGCUGGAGGUUUCCGUUUGCUUCUCUGUGCCUGCUGCAGUGUCUUCACUAACGGUAAUGCUGGGAGGAAGAUGAAGUUAAAACCCAUGUGGUGGUAACUGAAGCUGGGCUCAUCUUCUCUAAUGUGUCAUUACAUCCCACAUCUGAUGACGUCAGGAUGGAGGCUGCAUGUAAACUGCUGUGGAUGGACUGAUGGACGGGCGGACAGCGGCGAGUUGAGCAGCUCCAACAUCCCCGGAAACAUGGAACCGACGCCUACUUUGCUCCGCCUCUCCGUCAACACCUCCCGUGUGCCUUCGCUCUCACCAUCAUAUCCAUACAGCACCGCUCAGCUGGUCCUCGUUGCCAUGGUUACCACCUCCCUCAGCAUCCUCACCGUUCUCGGCAACACUUUGGUGAUCCUGUCCAUCAAAGUGAACCGUCACCUGCAGAUGGUCAACAACUACUUCCUGCUGAGCCUGGCGGUGGCCGACCUGAUCAUCGGCCUGUUCUCCAUGAACGUGUACACGCUGUAUAAGCUGCAGGGCCGCUGGCUGCUGGGCCCCGUGCUAUGUGACACGUGGCUCGUCCUUGACUACGUGGUGAGCAGCGCCUCGAUCAUGAACCUGCUGCUCAUCAGUCUGGAUCGAUACUUCUGCCUGACGCGACCGCUCAGCUACCCAGUGCGGCGAACGGGCAGGAUGGCGUGCCUGAUGAUUGCUGCCGCUUGGCUGCUUUCUUUCAUCCUCUGGGCCCCCGCCAUCCUGUCCUGGCAGACAGAUAAGGGCGGGCGCGUCGUCCCUGACGAUCAGUGUUACAUCCGUCUACUUGUUAGCCCUGCUGUUACUAUGGGGACGACUCUUCCCUCCUUUUACCUGCCAGCAAUCAUCGUGAUCGGCCUGUACAGCCGCCUGUCAGUCGCCAGCUACGGCCGAAUGAGUGUGCUCAUGCCAAACCAGGGUGCUCUCAGGGCUUCCAGUCCCUCCUUAAAAGACUUCCUGCUGAGGCGGCGAGGCGUAGGGACCAGUGACCCCUGCUCAGACCUGACCCCGAACCAGCUCCAGUCCUGCACGCCAAAGACCAGAAGGAAGAAGAAGACGUGCAGAAGUCCAGAUGAUACAGGGCAGGCAGAGAGUCGCUGGAGACACUGGGUGGCUUGUUUGUCUCCUCAGAAGCAUCCCUCUCAAACGGCUGUCAAACCCACUGGAGACGAAGACCACAACAAGACUGAAUCUGAAGACUCAUCCAACGCUGACCUCCACAGGGCGGCCUCGGCAGUCUUCUCCUCCUGCCCCGACAUCAGCUCACAUGAGAGGAGGCGGCAGCGAGUGAUGGCGAGGGAGAGGAGGGUCACGAGGACCAUCCUGGCCAUCAUCCUGGUAUUCAUCCUCACCUGGACGCCGUACAAUGUUAUGGCCGUUGUUGCUGCCUUCUGCCAUUGCCGCAUCCCUGACGCCCUGUGGACCACAGGAUACUGGCUGUGCUACGUGAACAGCACUGUCAACCCUGGCUGUUAUGCCCUGUGCAACAUCACCUUCAGAAAAACCUUCUGCAGCCUCCUGCGCUGCCGCUGCAGGCGGCUAUAACAGCACUGGUGUUUUGUUUUCGGCUGCUGGCUUUUUGCUUUUUUUUUCAUGGAGUUUGGUCCUAUCACAGGUUUCCAUCUAAAUGUAGAAGAAGUUUUAAGACGGGCAAAAACAAAUGCAAACAAAAGGUUGUUUCCAUCCCUGCAGCUCAUUGGUUGGUCUGAUAAACAGCCGGUGGUGCAAAAUGUCCUUAAAUCACAGCAGAUAAUACCAUCAUGUCUCCAUUUCCAGCUCAGAUUACAUGGCCUCCUAUCACAUUUUGGGCUGUAAAUGUUUGAUGUUUAUGUAGUUAAUUAAUCCAUCUACUUCCUGCUGCUUCUCUAUGCUGUGUUUAAUGAGCAGUGACUGAUGUAACAGGGCAUAAAUGCUGUCAAGGCUGCAGCUACUGUUCAUUUUUAUUAUUAAGAAAGUGUUUGGUAGAUGCAGCACAAUAAAGGAAAUAAAACUGUGUCAUUACUGAUAUAAAAUCCGUUUAAGGCUGUAAACCUGCUUAUUUCUGGUAGAAAGUUUUAACAUGACUCUGCUGGAGCCUCUAGUGGACAUUAGAGCAACUGCAGGUUUGAUGAUUUCUACUUUGGCUGCCUUAGAGGUUGCUUAAUGGAGACCAGAAACAGAGUUAAAAGAGAUAACACCGAGCAGGUGGAUUUUUGUGUUUUUAGUUGAAACUGUAAAGGACCGAUAAUAGAACCCUGAGGAACACCUCGAGCACUUACCGACACUUUAAAUGUGGAGAAGUCGAUCCGUCUGCUUAAAGAGUCGGGUCACUGAGCUCCUGUAGUGGACGAAGCUUGUGAUUUGUUCCUCCAAACUGAACCCUGUUCAUGAAUAUGCACAAACCUUUUAUCAUCAUUAUUAUUAUUAUGACAGCCAUCGUGUCUGUGCACCAGAAAUCACACCAGACUCUUCACCAAAGCAAUGUACAGUCUUUAUUUUGCUUAUUUGUACAGUUUCAUCCUGCAGCAACAAUAAUCUAUAGUUUAAAAAAUAGAUUUCAUAGAGAAUAUUCUCAGAUUCUUUAAAACUAAACUCGCCUACAAACAAACUUGUGACGAUCCCGUGAGGACCAGCGUCCAGUUUAGUCUGAAUUCACGGGUGGCUACCGUACAAGCUUUAGGACUAUCUGAGUGUAACGGUUAACAAACUAUCAGCUACGAGGAUUAUUCUCAUCAUCUAGCGGGACAGUGUCGGAAAAGCUUUAAUCCAGAAAAACAUCAAAUCAGAAACCAGAAAAACAAGAAUCAAAAGCAAGGAGAGGCGGUCGGUGUGUUUUGGAGGAGUCUCUCGUUUUGUGUGUUCAAAGAA